AUGAUGAUGAUGAUGAAAGAAACCGCACGACGUAUUUCUAUUCAACAAAACAUAAAUAAAUUAGGUAAUAUUUUGAAAUUACCUUGUGUUAUUAAUUAUUUACGACAAGGAGAUAAAAUCAAUGCUCGUCUUAUUAAUGAUGUUAUACAACAUUUGGCUAUUGAACAACCAAAACAAGAGGCAUUAUGGAUAUGUGAACGUAGCAAUAAUGAAUAUCAUAAAUUAACAUUUAAUGAUAUAUAUAUACAAUCAUCUCGUUUCGCGAAUGUACUUACUGGACAAGGAUUUGAUUUAACAGCAGGAAAAACUGUACUGGCUAUUUUACCAGAUUUUAGCAAAGAACGGAUUAUAUUACAAUUAGCAUGUCUCCAAAGUGGUCUUACUUUUUGUUGGUGUAAUCCAGAAGAUCUAAUUAAGAUGGGGAUUUCUCAACGAAUUCAAAAGUUGGCUGUUGAUUGUAUUAUUACGGAUGAUGAUAAUUUUGAAUUAGCAAAACAACAAACACAUAAUCCAUUACGACCAUUAAAAAAGGGCCUUAUUACAAAAGAUUUAACAUCGAAAGUAUCAGCAGUUGGUUGGAAUAAUUUUAUUCGAAAUGCUAAUGAAGCUGAAAGUAAAUAUACAAAUGCAACAAAUAUUCAUUCGGAUAUGCCAAUGAUUCGUUUAUUAUCAAAUAAUAAUGAUAUCAUUCAAUAUUCGCAUAAAACUUUUACUGAACAAGUUUUAUUAGCAGCCCUUUGGUUUAAUAUGGAUAAAACAUCUCGUUUAAUAUGGAUGAAAAAUCAAAAUGAAAUAACUUCAAUUGCUCCAUGGUUAUUUGGUUCAACAAUAUUAUACAAGGAAGCUGAAGAUUCUAAAGCAAUGUUUAAUACUUUGGAAAAACAUUCUAUUGAUGCUUUUUGUGGAUCAGUUAGAGAUUAUGAAAUGUUAAAUAAGCAAGAACAAGGCAAUCAAACACAACUUAAACAAUUAUUAUCUAUUGCACCAGUUGAUCCUGAAAUCAAAGAUCGAUGGAAUGCAUUAACAAAUCUUCAUAUUCGUGAUGAUUAUACUGAUUUCAAAAAUCAAUCAUUGGCAGAAUAUUUAUCAAAUUUUGAUAAAUCUGAUAAAAGUAAAUUCUUUAAUAGUAAAACUAUUGGCGAAAAAUCAAAUAAGAUGGUGCAACCAUCUAGAAGUAAUAGUUCACCAUCUUGUUUAACAUAUUCACAAAAGAAAAUAACAAUAGCAAAAGUAAAUAUUGAAAAGAAUAAUAUAGAUUUAAUCAAGAAGAAUCCUACUAUCGGUGAAUUACUUGGUGAUGAUGAUUUAUUUCAAUCUCGUUAUCAUAAUCAGUAUAAAAUAUCAAGAUAUCAACGAAAACGAUAUCGUCAACAAUCUUAUUCUCGUAAUCAUACUUAUUACAAUCGUCAAAAACAACAACGAUUCAAUAGAAUUAAUGAAUCUCAACAACAAUCAUCAAAUAUUAUUGAAUCUAUAUCCGACGCAAAUCAAUUUUAUUCCUAUCCAACAACAUACAAUUAUCCAUCGUUAUCUUCGUACUGUUAUUAUUGUUAUUCAAAUAUGGCUUCAUAUUGCCCAUGUCUCAUAUCCGAUUGCUAUACAGGAUUAUAUCACCAAGAAAUAUUUGAUGAAUCGUUGAUAUUUCAACAAAAAUAUCCACGAACUGAAACGUAUCAAUAUUCAGAUAUUUAUUUUCAUAAUGAUAAAAGAUUACAAUCACAUUCUUCUAUAUCAAGAAUAUAA